ACGAGACGCCGACAGCCGCGCCUCAGCCACACCACACCAUCCACCAACCAGGGCUCAAAAAGUACCCUGUGUCGUCAGAGCCUGGGGAAGCCCGCGCUUGUUGCCCUGUGCCUUGCAACGCAGGGCUGCAAUCUCUUUCCGUCUCCAGCCAGAGACCCCUCUCACGCAAUGCCCACUCCUCCCACAGCACCUUGCCGCCGUAGAUUUCCGAGUCCUGUUCCGUAGGAUGUAACCAAAUCGAGUUACGACCAGUAAACACCACUAGAACUCCCCUCGACGCAUCAUUCGGCACAAACAGUCCCUUCUUUUCCUAGCCUUUUUCGCGAUGCCCCCCUCAAAAGCCGCCCGGGGCGGUCAGGACGAUUCCAAGAUCGACACUCCGACCGCCAAAGAAAAGAAUGGAAGCGGCGGCGGAUCCAAGAUGCGGCGGGUUGCCAGCAGUGCGGGUUCCAACCUGCGCGAGGUGACAAACGCCAGCUCUACGGCAACUGCUGUCGCUGCUGCCCCCGACGCGGCAGCCAACGCACAAGAGGCCAGCCCUCCAGGUCUACAAUGGCCCGCUUUCGAGAGAGAAGUCCUCCACGCCUACCGCCGAGCAUACCGUCUCAAGACGCCAACCACUUUCGUCAGCGACCACCACGAAUGGGUACUGACCCAACCGGGGAGCAUUGGGCUCUACUCGCCGACGAUCGCACAACGCAAAGAACUCCGAAGACAAAACAAGGACCAGUUGACCAAUGUAGUGCGGAAGCACUUCAACGGCCUGGGCGUGCAAGAGAACGACAUCAUCGUCGAAUUUCUCCAUAAAGUGCGGAGCCAAGGGGUGACGAAAAGCAAACCACAACGACGCGAAUACAUACAUCCAGUCGCAGAGCGAUGAAUCUACUUGACCUAGACCAGGACCCACACAAAGGACGGAGGGAAACAGCACUCUUUUGGUCCCACGCAUUGCAGCCACAACAGCGAGCGCGCCUUGCAGCAUGGAUAUCGGAAUCAUGA